GUCGUGUCUGCGUUUAGGUAACAGUGCGGCAUAAGCAUUUCUAAACAAGCAAGAGCCCUCAAGUACCAUCACGAUGUCUUCGGUGAACACCGCCCAGGCCGUUUUCUAGCCUUCCCAACUCUGCACCGCUUCACCAACCCACGACCUCACCGCUAGCUCUUGCCUCAAAUCCUUGCGCGCACCCCCUUUCGUGUGUAGACUCGCAUUAGUCGCCGAGCCCGCACAUCCAGCGCAAUAUACAAGCAAGCACAUCGCACGACCAACGAUUGUUUACCCCAUCAGCACUUAAUCGCCAAGCUUGGGAGUGGCACAGAUACAAUGAAGCUAUGCUCGCAGGCACGUGUGAUAUAGCCAGGGAAGGUGCGUCCUCAAUACCAACCUUUCUUCCUCGCUUUCUUACACGAUGUGUCUCUCUUGGUUGUCCCCAUGGCUGCCGUGUUUACUCUUUGAGUUCUUCGCAAUGGGUCGAGGCUUAAGACCACGUCUGACUUACUCGUCCGUUAUUGCACGAACUACUCGGCUCUCGCUUCCUCAACCCCAGGCUUACGCGACCCUACAUAACCUCGAACGAGCGGCAGCAAGCAAGCGUAACCUUCCUGCCAAGGCCAAAUGCACCGACUCUGGGUGUCAGCCAAGCAGCAAACCGUGUAAGUGCGUGCACCGCGUAGUCGAUCUGCAGUGAAGCUUACCGCUGGAAGCUUCCUCGGAUUCGAAACUCAACAACGCAGUGACACCACACUUCGUUCAACCCCGGACGACGAUGCUCAGUGCACGAUUCAGAAGUGCGAACUCUCGACACCUCGCAUCGAUCCGAAACGUCUUCUUGUUGGUAAAGGAUAAAGCGAAGACGCUGGAUGGAUGGGAAACCGACAGCGGGAGAGAAGGUCCGACUAAUCUUUCGGUGCUUUGCGGCUACCAGCCGGCCUCACUUCUGCGAAUCCUUGUUCAUAAUAUUCAAAAUUGCUAGCAAAAGGGGCGUUGGGCGCCGAUGAUAGUGGCUUUGAGGCUUCCAGGAGACACGAACGACGAAAC